UAUUUGUUAUUCAAACACAUGCUUGAAGAUGUGAACAGCUUACCCUAUCUACGUCACGCUCUCAAACACGCCGUGGAACAAAACGGAAAUAAAAAAUGACAUUUUUAAACCUCCAUAAAAAGAUAAAUAGUCCCUCGAAUUGAUUUUUUUCUUUUUACAGUCACACCACGCAGUCAAAUUUUCUUAAAUGAAAGAAAACACGAAGAUCAUAGUUCCACUUUAACUUUGUCUCUGAGAUGUUGGCGGCUCAAGUGAAUUUGUUUUAAUGUAUUUUGAAUAUUUUUCUAGCUUGAUCCUAAAAGAAAAAUGGUUUAUCUGGCAAAAGAACAACUAAAGUCAUCUGUCGCUCCUGAGUUUCCCAACCAAGAUGCUUUUCAUUCAAGAAUAACGAAUGGAUUACAGGCUGUCUUGCGAGGCACCAGACAAAUUCCAUCAAAGAGAGGACCGGAAAUCAAUGAUACAUACAAUGCUGAAAACAGAUUGGAAAAUAAAUCCUCUGUUAAUGAAAAAAAGAAACCAGUUGAAAUGAAGGAGAACAACAAGUCAUCCCCGUCAUCCCACAUGUUCCCCAGUGAUCCUGAUGAUGACGAUUUAUUUAUGAUGUCACCAAGAUCCAACAGAACAUCUGCCAGCACGGCGUUUUUGUCAAAACUAUCAUCGAAAGUUCGUCAUCCAAGUCGAACUGACAUCACUGCUUUACAGCAAGACCAUGAACGUCUUCAAGAUCAAGUCUCUCAUUUCAAAGCGGAAGUAGAUAAACUUCAGUCAAUAUCGAUCUAUUGUGGUUCUAAAAUGGACACCUACAUAAAUCAUCUACAAGAACAAAUAACUCAAGAUGAGAAAUUUAUGGAUGUUGUAUACUUGUCCUUGGCUGGUCUAAAACAGGUUCGUGACAUCUUGAAAGGAACUUUAACAUUUCAUGGCUCAACAAUCGAACAGGAUUCCGAAUUCAGUCACAUCGACACGGCUAUUACAUCUCUUACACCCAACACAAAAACCUCAAGUGAUAAUAAGCUACCGAACUCGUUACCAGUUCCUCUACUUGCGGACUACGGGCAUUUUCAAAAGCAGAAGGAAGAAUUUAUCCUAAUUGAAUCUAGUGAAGGGCAAAACGAUGACUGUGGUGCAAAUGAAAGGACGUCUGAUAACUUUAAACCUGAGAACGUCGAUGAUAUUUCUUCUGACCUUAUUGAUUAACCAAAUCACUUUCACAGAGAUUCAUCGAUGCCAAUUGUUACCAAUACUUUUGGCGAUUAUGGCUCAACAUAAGGCUUGCGUGAUGUAGUCCUGUAAAAACAUCUUUGUAAUUUACUCUCUUCGCUUCCCAAACUUAGUAUAUUUUGCAUGCUUUCUGAUUUUCU